GGACUGAAAAGGAGCCUUCAAGGGGAGGUGGGUACGGCCAAACAAGGAAAUGAAAAGGCAGGCAUGCAGGAAACGGAGCCAGAGCCUGUAUCAUUACCUGGGAUGUUUUGCAUUUCAGAUGGGCUUCUCAGAAAAUUACUGCUUCCACAGCGGCUUCCUCUGGACCCGAGGCAGUGCAGGACCAGUAUAAAAACCAUCGCAGCUCUUGACUCUCUCAUCCGCUCCACUCAGCUUCUUCUCCUUCAGCAGCAAGUGAAGCUCCAGCAUCCAGACAUGUCCUGCUGCAACCCGUGCGUGCCCUGCCAGCCCUGCGGCCCGACCCCGCUGGCCAACAGCUGCAAUGAGUGCUGUGUCAGGCAGUGCCAGAGCUCCACCGUCGUCAUUGAGCCUUCCCCCGUGGUGGUGACCCUGCCCGGCCCCAUCCUCAGCUCCUUCCCUCAGAACACCGUUGUGGGCUCCUCGACCUCCGCCGCCGUUGGCAGCAUCCUCAGCUGUGAGGGAGUGCCCAUCAACUCCGGGGGCUUCGACCUCUCCUGCAUCACCAACCGCUACUGCUGCAGACCCUGCUAAAGCUGCUGCAGAUGCCCCACUGAAGGACACCAGGAACCCAGGAGAUGGUAAUGGACUGAGCACGGACCUCCCGGCCAUUGCUCUCAGAGGCAC